UAAUGAUUAGGAUUUAAGAGCGAGAUUUAAAUAAAUAAAAAAAUUGACUAAAUUAUUGUUAGAGGAAUAUAUGGUAAUAUAUUGUUAGUAUAAAUUUAAGGUAAGACAAAAAAUAAUGAGUUAAAUGAAAGGAUCCAAACAACUUUUAUAGGUAGAUUUUUGUAGAUUCCUUCCCUUUUAAUAGUAUUGAUAUGCCAGAAUCUAUUUUGUUCAAACUUAUUUAGGAUUCAGUUUAUUUCAGUUUGGGUUAUGGUAUAUUUAGAUAGCAUAUCAAAAUUCAAACAAUACUGCGUAUCUUUUCUUUAUCAGAAAACAAAACUGAGUAUUUGGAGUAUUAUUAUUGUUCUAAAUACUAAUUUUACAUAUCAUCUCAUAAUAAACAUGGAUUUGAGUAUUUGGAGUUAUUAUUUAUUUAUGUUUCAAAUAUUUAUUUUGGAUACUAAUUCGAAUAUUCAGAUCAAUAUUUUUUAAUUUUUUUUUAGAUUUUAGAUUUUUUUGUACCGGUUCAGGUUCAGUUAACACAUCAGGUUCGGAUAUAUUUCAUGUCGACCUAUAAAAUUUAUUCGGGUUUUUUAUAUCUCGGUUCAGACACGGAUUCGAUUGAUUUCAGAUUAUCUGUCGAUGCCGAGUUAUGUUGGACAGAAAAUCUUAGCUGGCAUAGGCAUCCGAUUUUCGGAUAAGAGAUUGAAGCUAGGUAGUACCAGAGACUAGGUCUGGCCCAGUAAAAUUUCUUGCUUAAAACAAAAUGAAUAAUUAGCGCUCCCACGGAAUCAAACCAAAGACCUUCGACACUAUGAUGUGGUACACAAUACUAGACAAUAAGCAAUCUUUUGAUUUUUGAGGCCCUUAAAUUUAUAAUGUAUUUUGAGGCCUAAAGCCAUAACUUUACCAGUUUUAGGUUUGGGCCUGUCCUGCCAGAGAAUGAUAGAAGUUGCAUGUGACGCAUAUGAAAUAAACAUUGAUUUUUUCUAAGAAGAGGAAGAAACAUUUCUUGGAGAAAGAAGUCGAUACCUACACGUAAAUGCUUCUUGAGAAUAAGCAACUUUUGUUUAACACACCAACUUCACACAUACAAGCUGAAGAGUCACAAACACCAUUACACCACAACAUAUGACUGAAUCAUUGGAUGUUUUUUGGAUUUGCGAUCUUCAUUAAUUAGAUGGUACUUAUUUAAGUUAAAAAAAUACUUAUUUCAUAUAUUGAUUCAGAUAUUCAGGUUAGGAUUUUUGGAGUUUUCGGAUUAUCUUAUUUUUCAAGUACCCAGUCGAGUUUAUUUAACAUCAUUUCGGGUUCAGAUAGAUUUUCGCUAUAUAAAAUCUAUAUGCGUAUUUAUAUAUUGGAUCAAAUAUGAAUUUUUUUUUCUUUUUUGGAUUUCAAGUUUGGAUUAUUUGCCAAUGCCUAUGUUGGGCAGAAAAUCCUAGCUAGGCUUAGGAGACCCAGUUUUCAGAUUGGAUUUGCCUUGGUUCUUAUCGAGUCCUAGUCUUUUGGAUAGAGGAACCUUAUAUCCAUAUAGAUACAUACAUUGUUUUGGUUUAGUUUUGGGUCAAUUUGGUUGUAGAAGUUUAUAUAUGUAAUCCUUUUAGCAUAAACUAAAACCAAUCAAAUCUCUUAAUAUUGCAACUGAAGACCAGCGGCGGACAAAAUACUUUUGAAAAUCGAUUCCAAUUUAAUCGACAAAUCUAGAUAUUUGUAAUUCUAAUGAUCAAUGAAAUGCUAAUAUUCAAUAUUAUUAAAAACUGAGUAAAUCAUAAACGUUAAAAAAAUAUAAAUGAAUAUCUAAUUAGAUAUAUACAUAUGCUUAUAUUAUAAAUAUAUGUAUGUAAAUUUGUAAUUACUUUUUUGUCUGUAGAAACUUUACAACAUUUUUAUCCUCUAAAUGAAUAAUUUUAUAUAAACAGUAUAAUUAUUUUUGUCUAAGCAAAUCUUGUUUAUCUUUUAAUUAAAUUAAGCAAAGCUUGUAACAUUUAUCAUUAAAUUAGUUAUUUAGCUACUAAUUCUUUUAAGAAAAAUAAUUAUAAUGAAAUAUUAUUGUUUACACUAAAUUUGAUUUUUGAUUAUUAUUUUCUACAAAACAGGUAGAAUAUCCCGUAAAUUUUUUUUUAAUCAAAUACCUGAAUAACAGUUAUUAUUUAAUAAUAAUUAUAUAUUUUUAAAUCACCCCAUAAGUGUCAGAACAAUUAUACCUCCAGCUUAUCUAACCUAUACUAAAAGGAGGAUAUCUAAAGCUCUAAGAGUGUCCACGUAUGCAAAUUAAUUCCAGCCAAUCAAAUCGUUUUAAGAUGCCAUAUCAGCUUUGACACAACCUAACCUAAAGGCUUUCUUCCUCUUUCGUGGCCUUUCCGAUUACUCCAGCCAACUUCACCGUUCAGAGUUUCGCUUACAUCUUCUCCAAUUAAUUUUACACAUUAUUGCCCUUUUCAAAACAGUCGCAUCCUUUCUCCACUUCCCUUUAUCAUUCAUAUAAAGAAGGAUGCAAAGUGAAAGCAAUCCACUCAGAUUCUGUGUCAAAAGCAGGUUAGUUCAAAAACUUAAUUCUGGGUUCUAUAGUUAUUAUAACAGUGUUUCAAGAAAAAAAAGUUAUUAUAACCGAUUUAUUUUGAUUGAGUUUCAUUGUCGUCAUUGCAAAGAGGGGGAUUUUAUUAAAUGGUGAGUUCUUCUGGAUGCUUUCACAUCGCACUUUCCUCCUGUCUCGAUCUUCAUAUAAAUAAAAUUAUUUUUUUGCAGCCCCAGAUUGUUCUACAACGGAGGAUUUCUACGCCACCAUAGGUAAUCUUGGUUUGGUGAUUUUAAUCCCAACAGCUUUGGUUUAGAUUUGAUAAUCCAUACAUUCACCAAGUCUUUUCAUUGUAGAUUGAUAGUUGUUGUUGUUCAAAUUAGUUCUUGCUUUCAAUUGUUGCCUCAAGAUCUCUGGUCAAGGGCAUCUCUUACCUUUGAUUUCAGAAUGCUUUCCGCCACAAAACUCAUCAAGAUCUCUGUUCUGUAUGUUUCAGGUCAUGGGUUUACUGGAAUAGUUAGUUGUCUACACAACAUCCCAGACUUAGAGAUCAGAAAAGAAGGGUUGGUGAAGAAGCUUCAAGUGAAACACGAGAAGAUUCUGAAUCUGAGCGAGUGGAUGAAGGGUAAAAGACACCACCGUCUUUGCAUUCUUCCAUAUAAUUCCGCCGCCUCCUGAUCCUUCUGACGAGGAAGCUGUUGUUGCUUACAAUACUUUGCUCAAUCGGUACGGUUUGAGCAAUGGUGAAUCUGGUUCUGUGUUGGGCAAAAGGAAAGAUAAGGGGGGGGGGGGGGGUGAUCAGAAGGUGGGGUUGUGGGUAAGAGGAGGAAGAAGCUACGAGUUAGCUUUAGGGAUCAGUUAGGAGGAGAGCUUGCUGAGGUUGUUGGGAUGUCUGAUGGAGCAGACGUGGACACAGAGCCUGAUCCGAUUGGUGUCAAAGAAGGGAGCUUGCUUUCCUGAGUGUCGUCUUUCUUCUUAUAUUUAUGUAUGCAUCCCACCGUAGUCAAGACAGCAUAUGAGAGGUAUUCUAAAAGCUAGCUGUGGUAAAUGUGGCUCAUAAGAAGUUUUUGCUAAAGAACUCUCACAGUUGGCAAGUGGUUGACUUCCUCAUAUGCCCAUGAGCUGGCGGCACUGAGCAAUACAGAGGCUGCAUCACAGCACAUGUUCCAUGGCAGGUGCUUCAACACUCCAUGUUCUACAAGUUCUAAGCUCACUAACUUCUGUUAGUGAUGAUAGCAAUAUUUGAAACCGAAGAGAAAGCAGAACACGAGGAACAAAACACUGUGAAAAGACUAAAUGCGGUAUUAGACCCCUUGGCAAGGACAUAGCCAGUGUAUCGCAUGACUGAGUUGUUGAUGGAUCAUAUUGCAGCUACAACAACCCAUAUCCAAUGGUGAUCAUGCCCUUGGGGUCUCUCCUUUGUCCCCUCUUUCUCCAGGAACUCAGAGGUUCCUUCCUCUUAUUGUGCUUAUCUUUGUUCUAUGUCAGAAAAUUCAAACUCUGUUAAUGUUACAGCAGAAUCAUGCGAAUGUGAUAGAUGGAGAGUCCGCCAUAGUUCAUCUUCUAAAUCCAGCGUAGCUUCUCUGGAAAAUCGAAGGCUCCUGACAUUUGCAAAGUUUGCGGAGAAGCAUAGGCAAAAUCCAAGAUUACUAGAGAACCUUUCUGAAUCUAAGGCACCAGGUUGAAGGAUUUUGAAAACAAGAGAGGUAAAGGUCCCUGCAUAUAAGUGUUUGCUGAGCUUAUGUAUUGGAAGAUUCAUACAACCAGUUACGUAUGCGCUCCCCACAUGAUCUGAAAGGACGUCUGAAUGUGCAGUUUCAAGUUGAAGAAUGUUGCUUGUAGUCUUACAAGAUAGUGGUAUAAGUUAGUUUCACAAUUAUAUUUGACAUACGUUAACAGUUUUAUUCAAAUUGUUUCAAAUCAAAUAUAAUUUAAAAUAUGUUUCCAUUUUUUGACCGAGAACUUAAAAAAUAUAUUUAAUGAACGUAUGUAACUAUUUCUGGAACUAUAAAUUAAUAAAUAAUUUUCUGAAAUUGUAUCUUUGUCGUACCUGAAUAACAUAUGAUAAACAGCGUUAAUGUGCGUACUGCUAUUAGAUUACAGUCCUGAAUCAUAUUUGUUCUCCGGAAUAUCAAAUUGUUUAACUAAAAUAGAAUAUGCUCAAGUGCUGGCUAAAAUAGCUUUUACAUGCCAAAUACGAAGUCAGUUAUAUAUAAUUUUAAUAUUUUGAAACUUGACUGAUAAGCAUUUGACAACUAUCAAAUGAGUUUUUCAUUCUUCUUCUCAUUUUCAUUUCGUUUCUUUUUUAUUAUUGAGAUACUUUGAUUUUUUAUUAGCAUUGAAAUAUUUUAUGAGAUGUUUACUAAGACCAUCUUCAAUGGUUCACUCUAUUUUUUCAUCAAAACAGAGUUAUUCUAUAAUAAAAUUGAAUACUACUCCAAUAAUACUAAGUUUUAGAGUGAAAAAUAAAUUGAUGAAUAAAAAAUAAAUGAAUUAUUUUAUUUAUAGAGUACACCUUUUUUACUCUAUUAUAGAAUAAAAAGUAAAGUAUAAUUGAAGCAUUUUUACUCUAAACUCUAUUUUAGAUGAGAAAAUAGAAUGUGCUUAGAGAUGCUCCAAUGUAAAUGUCCUUACUUCUCUCCGAAAUAAAAUACAAAUGAUUUGUCUGGGGAAAAUAGCUAAAUCAGAAAAAAACAAAAAACAACUCAUGUUCCUAUUUUUUAAGAAAAUGUUUGAUGUUUGUUAUUGUCUAUAUAAAUGGUGAAACAUUAUGAGUACUAUACAGUCAGCAGGUGCUCUAAUUAAUGAAUAAAACAGUAAAAUCCUCAAAAUAAACACAAUCAAACAAAUGUGAUUAACUACUAUGCUUAUGUUUAGUUGCUUUCAAUCACGUUGGGUUUGAAAAAAUCAUAAUAAUGGAGAUAAUAAAAGUUCUAUGCAAUGAUUUUAAUUCCGAAUCAAACAUUGAACUGGACUAUUAUUUGGAUUACGGGAUCAACGAUUCGACCGGAUGCGUCAAUAGUGUAAUUACUUUUACCAUAUAAUUAUACAUAACUAUGAAAAAUAUAGUAAAAUAUUUAAAAUUUAUCUUUCUUCACAUACUAAAUAUCAAAAGAAAAAUUAAAAACUAUGGAAAUGUCUUUGUAACAAGUUGGGAAUUAGAACAUAUAAUAAAAAUAUAACAAAAUCAAUAUUAAAAAUAUUUAAAUUUAUAAUGUGAAUACAAAAAAAAUUUAAUAAAAAGUGAUCUAGAAGCAAAUAUGAAAAUUGUAAUACUGUAUAUAACAAAAAGUUAAUAACAAAUCACAUUGUUUAGUUUUGGUUAUAUUCAUCUUUAUUCACUUCAUUUUUAGAUGCAUAGUGAAAUUUUCAUCAAAAGUUAAAGAAUCACAAAUCAAAUAAGUUAGGGAAUAUUAUACAUGAUUAAAAGAAAAUAUAAAAAUCAGUUAAUUAAAAAAAAAACUAAAAAAGUCACUCAUCGGUUUAACACGUAGUAGAGUCUUAGGUUUUAACGAAUUUCUGGAUGUUUUAGCAUUUUUUUUACAACAAUAAACUAAACUAUAAAACUUGCUCUAUAGGUUCAGAAAACCAAACCGGAAAAAAUCCCAAGUCAAAUUACAUAUCAUCACUGGAUUUACCGGUUCGAUCGUGAAUCCGAGUUGGGUUAUAAAAACAUAUAGUGUGUUUGUAAAGCAAUAAUAAAAAGGUUUUUUUACCAUUUGUAUUAACAUUAAAAAUUGUCUCAAUUCUAUAUAAAACAUUUUUUCUCACAUUUAGCUAACUUUUUUGUUUACCAAAUUAUCUUUUUAAUUUAAUGUUUCAUUACCUUCCAUGUCAUUAGAGAUGUUCCUCAUGUGUGUUGAUAUUUCAAAAUUAAAUAUAGUUAAAACUGUUUUAGGCCAAUAACAAAGAGAUCAUUAAUUAAUACUAUCUACAUACAAGAAAAUUUUUAGAAAACUAAAAUAUUUAUUAGAUAUAAUCCGCGCGAAGCGCGGACAAAAGCUCUAGUCUAAAUAAAAACCAGUGAAAAGAAAGAAACAGAUAACCAAACACAAGCUAAAACUAAGAAAGAGCACUUGAAGGGUGGGAAUAGAACUGGGAUUUUUAACCGAACUUGCCAAACCGAAAUGAACCGAAAAUUUUUGUUUGUGGAUAGUUUUUUUCGGAAGUUCGGUAAAAAGAAAUUUCGGUUUUUGGUUAGCGCGGUUUUCUAAAAGAAAAUUGAACAAUACCAAAAUACUAACAGAAAUUCAGAAUCUACUAACCGAGCUAACCAAAAUCUGAAUCAAAAUAAUCAAACUAGCCGAAAUAGCCAAACUGAACUAGCCAAACUCACCAAAAUCCAAACCAAAAUAACCAAAGUAAUUGAAAUAACCAAAAUUUAACCAAUUUUUUUGAAUUUUAUUCAGUUUGAACCGAAUAUUUAAUUGAACUAACCGUAAAAAGAAAACUUUGGUAAAUAUUUUUGAAACCAAACUAAGUAAAAACCGAACUGAACCAAACUUUUUUCGGUUCACUUUGGUGAGAUUUGACCGACCCGAGCUAACCAAAUUCUAAACUAACCGACCUAAACUACCCGGAUAAACUGAACUGUCAGGCUUAGGUAGAGAAGCCAUAAAAGACUUUCUCUCCGACGGACACCAAGCAUGAGUCAAACUUUGUCAAAACCGGACCAGACCAAGAGGUCCGAUUUGUUUGUAACCGUUCUCAGAACCGACAUCGACAAAGAACCAAAAAUCUUCUCUCGGUCUCGGAGCUGCCUCGUAGCCACUAACGCGGACCACUGCAUGUACCAGUAACUGGUCCUUUGAUCUACACACAUAGCUCCUUCACCGCACACAGUCGCACAACUUCAAUCCGGCCAAGGCACACCCCGCAAGUAGCAAAGAAAAAAUCCUCCACGAGGAACUGUCAUCCUCCAUCAGAAACAACCCCCAUCAACAUAAAGGCCUUUAACGCAAACACGAAACCCUUAUAUCUGGAAAACACGAACACAGACCUGAACUCGUACACACACAUCUACAGAUCUGAGGGGCCUCUCCACCAUCCUCAGAGACAUCACACCACCAAAGACCGUCAAAAAGGUCUUUUGGGCCAUUGAGAUCACGUAACAACCUGCCAUCCCAGAGAACCACACCACCACGCCUCGGAGAAGAAGAGGGUACGUUCAGAUCCAUCGGAGAUGGCUGUUUCGUCAAUUAGAUUCAACAAUAACGAAAUCAAUACAACGUGAGAAGACAACGAAAUGGUGCAUCAGAGCCGAAGAAGAUCUUGAGAAAAGACGACGAACGAACUUUUGUGGAGAGAAAAAAUUGCGAGUCCUAUAGAUCUUACGCGCCUCUGUCUAACUCAAAUAACGGAUAUUCAUGUGACACAAAGCAUAUACGAAUCACAAAAAUGCUUGUGUGGAUGAAGCAUAAAGCAUAACAAAUCACAAAUAAUUUCAAAAUCUCAAAAUUUGUUUACAGUUCUCACCUACUAAAGGCCUGAUUUGUAUGACUGAUUCAGCAUUUAGAAAUUGUGCAUUUGCGAAAUAUUUAUGACUGGUUGAUUACAAGAGAUUGUAGUGGUUUAAUACUAAAUUAUCAAUAUUAACACCUUAUAACAUUAUAAAAAUAUCAAAACAUAGUGUUAAGAUAAAAUAUAAUAGUUAUCAAUAUAAUUUCAACAAAAUUUGUUUGAAGAUUUAUAUUAGAACACUUAGAAGAAUAUUUUAUUUUGUCUAUUUUUUUUUUGUUUUUUUUACAAUGGACGGCUAUUCUAUUAAUCAAACUUGAGAUGACCUGGAUAACCUUAUCGGAAUAGAACAACAAAUGUAACAAAGCUCUCUAUGAAAAGAUCUCACAAUCUUAGCUAAAGAAUCUAGAAUUCUAUUUUAUUUCAUCUAUAUAUUUACAUAUCUUUAUAUUUGUAUAUAUAUUAGUAUUUGAAAAAUAUAGGGAGUAUUUUUUGUUUAACUUUUUUAUAAAAUAAACUAUAAUACUAUUAGUGAAUUUAAAUUAAAACAUAAUAUUUUUCUAUUUAUAAGUUUCAAAUUUAAAAAUUUUUAAUUUUAAAAUGUAAAAUAUUUGUAUAUUUAUAUAUUCAUCUGCAAACCUAUACAACCGCAAAUGCUAGCAGAGACAAACUUUCAAUUUUAAAAAGUUUGAGGUAGUUUGAAUUGAUUAUAACCUUUUGUGAUUGUUGCAAAAAGACAACAAUCGAUACUAACCACAAAGUUGCGUUUGCGGAUGUAACAGAAACUAGUCUAACCCUGAAUAUAGCAAGACGAACACUUUGUAUUGUAUCCAAUGGAUAUAGAUUUAAAUAAUUUGGGAUGUUUUUUUUUUUAAUUUUGGGAUGUUAAAGUAUAAAAUCUUUUGCUCAAUUCGAACCAGCCAUAUAGCUAACUUGCUACUGCUAAUGCUACUUGUCAUAUCCAUGAUUCAUCCAUCUAUUUAGAUGCUUCGUUGUUGCAUAAUUGCAAUCUAGUGUCGUGUCGAGCCUAACCGAAACAAACUCAUGUUUCUUCGGUCUGUGUCGUCUUCAUAUAUCCUCCUCCUUCAAACUGUUCCUCGUCAUAAGGUCAACACCAGAUAUGUCCUUCGUACACUUUGUGAGAUCAGAAGAAAGCCACCAGUCUCCGGCUUCCGAACUAGUUGUGCUGCUGUGUCUGUAUCUCUCUAUGAAGAGGAGCCGUUCCAUGAAGAAGAAACUGAUUCUGUGGAGAGCCGUGGGAUUCGACCUAAUCAUCAAACUUUUACAUGGCUUCUAGAGGGAUGUUUGAAGAGAAACGGAUCUUUAGAUGAAGGGAGGAAGCUACAUGGCCAGAUUUUGAAGCUGGGUUUUGAUAACAAUGCUUCUUUGUCUGGAAAGCUUCUUGAUUUUUAUCUAUUCAAAGGAGACUUUGAUGGUGCCUUGAAGGUGUUCGAUGAAAUGCCUGAGAGAACAGUUUUUACUUGGAAUAAGAUGAUAAAGGAGUUAGCUUCUAGAAACUUGAGUGGGAAAGCAUUAGGUCUUGUUUCGAGAAUGGUUAAUGAGAAUGUGACGCCUGAUGAAGGCACCUUCGCUGGUAUUUUGGAAGCAUGCCGUGUUGGUAAUGUUGCUUUUGAUAUAGUUGAGCAGAUUCAUGCAAGGAUGAUAUGUCAGGGUUUGGGGAACAGUACAGUUGUGUGUAAUCCUUUGAUUGAUUUGUGCUCUAGAAAUGGGUUUGUUGAUCUAGCUAGAAAGGUUUUUGAUGGAUUACGUACGAAGGAUCACAGUUCUUGGGUUGCAAUGAUAUCAGGGCUGUCGAAAAAUGAAUGUGAAGAAGAUGCCAUUAGAUUGUUCUGCGAUAUGUAUAUCUUAGGUAUCAUGCCAACGCCUUACGCCUUGUCAAGUGUUUUAAGUGCGUGUAAGAAGAUACAAUCUUUUCAGACCGGCGAGCAACUUCAUGGGCUCGUAUUGAAGUUAGGGUUUUCCUCUGACACUUACGUUUGCAAUGCACUUGUGUCCUUAUACUUUCAUCUGGGCAAUUUGAUAUCAGCAGAACACAUCUUCAGCAACAUGUCAUAUCGAGAUGCGGUUACUUACAACACUCUUAUCAACGGGCUUUCUCAGUGCGGUUACGGCGAGAAAGCUAUUGAAUUGUUCAAAAGGAUGAAGCUUGAUGGGCUUGGACCAGACUGCAAUACCCUUGCAAGCCUUGUGAUUGCAUGUUCAGCUGAUGAAAGUCUUUCUGGUGGACAACAGCUACAUGCUUACACAACCAAACUCGGUUUUGCUUCGGAUGAGAAGAUUGAAGGUGCGCUUCUUAAUCUGUAUGCAAAAUGCUCUGAUAUUGAAACCGCCCUCGAUUAUUUCCUUGAGACUGAGGUUGAGAAUGUGGUUCUGUGGAAUGUCAUGCUAGUUGCUUAUGGGCUGUUAGACGAUUUAAGAAACUCUUUUAGGAUCUUCAGACAGAUGCAGAUGGAGGAAAUUGUUCCAAAUCAAUAUACCUACCCGAGUAUUUUGAAAACUUGCAUCCGUCUUGGGGAUCUCGAGCUUGGGGAACAGAUCCAUUGCCAAAUAGUAAAAACAAGCUUUCAGCUCAAUGCUUAUGUGUGUAGUGUGCUCAUAGAUAUGUACUCAAAAUUAGGAAAAUUAGAUACUGCCAGGGAUAUACUUGUAAGAUUUGCUGGGAAAGAUGUUGUGUCUUGGACGACGAUGAUUGCAGGUUACACGCAAUACAACUUCAACGACAAAGCUUUAACAACUUUCAGGCAGAUGCUAGAUAUUGGGAUCCGGUCUGAUGAAGUUGGAUUCACCAAUGCAAUUAGCGCAUGUGCUGGUCUUCAAUCUCUAAAGGAAGGACAGCAGAUUCAUGCUCAGUCUUGUGUAUCUGGAUUCUCGUUUGACCUGCCCCUUCAAAAUGCACUGGUCACGCUUUAUUCCAGAUGCGGAAAAGUAGAAGAGGCGUAUCUAGCGUUUGAACAAACUGAAGCUGGAGAUAAUAUAGCAUGGAACGCUCUGGUGUCAGGGUUUCAGCAGAGCGGAAACAACGAGGAAGCUCUUCGCGUCUUUGCUCGAAUGAACAGAGAAGGUAUCAACAGUAAUAAUUUCACGUUUGGGUCUGCUGUAAAAGCUGCUUCUGAGACGGCAAACAUGAAACAAGGGAAGCAGGUUCAUGCUGUGGUCACCAAAACAGGAUAUGAUUCAGAAACCGAAGUUUGUAAUGCUUUGAUCUCCAUGUAUGCCAAGUGUGGGAGCAUUUCUGAUGCAAAGAAGCAGUUCCUUGAAGCGUCCUCCACGAGAAAUGAAGUUUCUUGGAACGCGAUUAUUAAUGCUUAUUCUAAACAUGGGUUUGGUUCUGAGGCACUAGAUCUUUUCGACCAGAUGAUCCGUUCAAAUGUAAGGCCUAAUCAUGUGACAUUUGUGGGAGUUCUAUCAGCAUGUAGCCAUAUUGGUCUUGUGGAAAAGGGAAUUGAAUACUUUGAAUCCAUGAACACAAAAUAUGGAUUAGCUCCCAAGCCUGAACACUAUGUGUGCGUAGUGGAUAUGCUAACACGAGCUGGUCUUUUGACCCGUGCGAAAGAGUUUAUUGAGGACAUGCCUAUUGAGCCUGAUGCCUUGGUCUGGAGAACGCUUUUGAGUGCUUGUGUUGUGCACAAGAACUUGGAAACAGGAGAGUUCGCUGCACGUCAUCUCGUGGAGUUAGAGCCUGAAGACUCAGCAACAUAUGUGCUUCUCUCAAAUUUGUAUGCUGUGUGCAAGAAAUGGGACGCUAGGGAUCAAACAAGACAGAAGAUGAAAGAGAAGGGUGUGAAGAAAGAACCUGGACAAAGCUGGAUUGAAGUUAGAAACACAAUUCACCCUUUCUACGUUGGUGACCAGAAUCAUCCGUUGACUGAUGAAAUACAUGAAUAUUUCAGAGAUCUUACCAAACGAGCAUCUGAGAUCGGGUAUGUGCAAGACUGUUUCAGCCUCCUGAAUGAAGCGCAGCAAGAGGCUAAAGAUCCGGCGAUCUUCAUUCACAGCGAGAAGCUAGCGAUUUCGUAUGGACUCCUUAGCUUGCCUUCUACCAUGCCUGUAAAUGUAAUGAAGAACCUACGAGUUUGCAGUGAUUGCCAUGAUUGGAUCAAGUUUGUAUCAAAGGUUUCGAAUAGAGAAAUUAUAGUGAGGGAUGCCUAUAGGUUUCAUCAUUUUGAAGGAGGUGCUUGUUCAUGUAAAGAUUACUGGUAAGAUCCAAAUCCUGGUAGCUCACUUGCCUCUUUAUAGAUAAUGUGAUACUAGAAGAUAUACUUGAGAAACCUGAAGGUAUGUACAGUCUAGAAACUGGUGAAUUCACUUAGAUACUGCAGUGACACAACUAUUCUUGAGGACAAGUUGCUUAUACAGAGCUUUUGUUCUUUUUCUUUGUAUUUUACAAGAGUUAAUCGUAAGCAAAGAAACCCAUAUAUAUAUGGGUGGAGAAAAGUUCAUUCUUUGUGUUAGCUUCCAUUACCAAGUAAUAAUAUUCACUAUCCUUUGAAGGCUCAUCUCUUUUUAUGGCUUAUACAUGUGUAUAGAUAGAUUAAUGAAUUGUAUAUUUUGCAAGUGUCUUAGAUGUCUGUAAAGCUUCCGUGUUGCCAGGAAACAGAGUUUGUGAUUGUUUUGUCAACUUUUAUGGCAGAUUAUAUUUUAAAUCCAUAUUGUGAUGUGGACGUUGAAGACGUUAACUCUGUGUAAUUCUCAUGUUCAUCAACUAAAAUCUGUCGACCUUAAUUUAACUAAAAUCGAGCUAUUGUGUUUGCUGAGCCAGAGGCUAUAACCGCCACUAGGACCAGAUCUGAAAAUUUGGAAGCUUGAAAUAUUUCUUAAAAACUCUAAAAAAUUUGGGGAUCGGAGUUAAUGUUUGGGGCUUAGACCCGUGCAAAAAACCUCUAAAAAUUUUGAGGGCCGAGACCAAUGUUUCAUUCGGCUAUCCUCAGAUCCGGCCCUGACCGCCACCGCCAUAAAUCUAGUCAUCCAAAACAAAUAGAAGAAUCAUAAAAUAAAGCACGCAGCCCAAAAUAAAGAAAAAAA